AUGAAAAAUAAAAAAAAUGGGACCAAACGAAUACAGGUGGAGGCGUAUGACGGGGGCAAUCCAUCUCGUUCCUCUUACCUAAUCGUCAACAUCACUGUUCUCGAUUCCAACGACAACCCGCCAAUUUUUGAGAACACCUCUUAUGAAAUUCACGUGCUCGAAGGUGAAAACGUCGGAGAAACGCUGAUAAAACUGUGUGCGAGAGACGCCGACAAAGGUUUGAACGGUCUGGUCGAAUAUCGAUUUACCGACGAAACAACGCAAAAGUACGGUCACUUAUUUAAAAUCAACAAAUCGACCGGGCAAAUAAGCACGGUGCAGGCCCUGGAUUUCGAAACUCAGCAAUCCAUGACACUCAAUGUCCUGGCAACCGACCAAGGGGUCAGUGGAAGCUUAUCAUCACAGGCCACUGUCCUAGUGAAUGUGAAGGACGUUAAUGAUAAUGUUCCAGAAAUUAAGGUCAACUACCAAACUCGAGUCAUUGAAAACGUCACUAACGUUAAUAAUAGCUACACUAAAAACAAUUUUAACUCAGGUGAAACUGCCUUGCGAUUAAAUCUUAACGGUCCGAAUAGCGACGUCAAUGGCUACAGCAGUCUGGUUGAUUUCGAACAUUUGAGUAAAGAUUUUCAGCUGAAACAAAUGUAUCAGACGGAAUUCAAAAUUGUUACUGCACGUAAAUUCGAUAGAGAAGUAUCAGGGAAAGAAAGAGUGAUUAUUUUGUGUCGGGACAAUGGUAGGAUGCCUACAUCUUCCAGUGCAACAAUCGACGUAACGAUCCUAGAUAAGAAUGACAACCCUCCAAUCUUCAGUCAGACUCAUUACAGAGCAUCCGUCAAAGAAGGAGCAACUCACGGUGCCACUGUCUUACAAGUCUCAGCGACAGAUAGAGAUGAGGGUGACAAUGCGCGAGUCCUGUACGAAUUGAAAUCAACUGAAUCUUCAGAAAGUAAUGAACUCAUUUCCAUCGAUUCGAACAGCGGACUAAUUACAGUUGCAGUUGAGAGCGUUGAACUUGAAGAUUCAGAUCAUUUCGAAUAUACCGUUGUGGCUAAAAAUUUAGGCACGCCUGUUAAAUCGUCAAAUGCUAAAUUAACUUUGCAAAUUCUCAAUAGCCAAGAUGAAAUGCCAGCUUUUUCAUUGGAUGUCUAUCGGUUCAGCGUGGAGGAAAACUUAGAUGCAGUGACCCCCGUUGGCAAAGUAGAGUUGAUUAGUAAUAACAAACACUUAAUAAAACAUUCGCUAUUUUAUCUUGUUUCCAAUGGUUGCUCUAACAACGCUACAGAAUUUUUUUUAACCGAAUUGCCUUUUAAAGCUGAAAAGCACAGUGGAAAAAUUUAUACUAAGAAAAGUCUCGACCGAGAAAUGCAAAAUAAUUAUCUACUGAAUGUGAUGGCCGUUCAAGACAGGCACGUGGCACCACAAAUCGCCUGCACAACUGUGGAGGUCAAAGUUCAGGACUCGAACGACAACCCGCCCAUCUUCACCUUCCCGACGACCGACAACAACGUGGCCUACUUCUCCGUCGACGACUUCCCAGGCUUCGCAGUGGCCAAGCUAUCGGCCGUAGAUUACGACUCAGGAAAGAAUGCUCAAAUCAGAUUCGCAAUCGAGAGCGGCAACGAAGACGAUCUAUUCACGCUUGAUCCAACAUCGGGGAUGGUGGUCUUG